GAGAGAGAGAGAGAAACGGGAAUUCCAAUCACCUUUAAGAGCUACAGCCAUUCUCAGCUUUCUAACUUCUGACCAUUCUGGUAUUUUAAGAAUGCGACAAAGAUGGCGUUAGCCAGCAAGGUACAGCGAAGUGGACUGCUGGAGGUUUUGGUCAGGGACAGCUGGCAUCGUGUGCUGGCCACCCUGAACCAGGAGAAUCUGAUCCUGAGCUCUGACCAGCCUGGGCACACCGCCUCCUGGAAUGGACUGUCGAACGGAGCGGGUUCACAGAGCCCCGAAGCCGCCUCUCGCAGCCCCAGGUUUCCGGCGGUCCGCAAUGCCUUCACCGAACUACCUGAGCACAUCCCCGAAACUAUCAGCAACAUGAAACGGAGCGUUAGGGUCAUCAAGCAAGAGGUUGGGGGCCUAGGCAUCAGCAUUAAGGGAGGCAAGGAAAACAAGAUGCCAAUUUUGAUCUCGAAGAUCUUCAAAGGUUUGGCAGCUGACAAGACCGAGGCUCUGUAUGUGGGAGAUGCUAUCUUAUCAGUGAAUGCAGUGGACCUGAGGGAUGCAACACAUGAUGAGGCAGUGCAAGUACUGAAGAGAGCUGGCAAAGAGGUGCUUCUAGAGGUGAAGUAUAUGAGAGAAGCUACACCUUACAUCAGGAAGACCUCUCCAGUUUCAGAACUUGGAUGGGAAACCCUCCCUCCAGAGUCUCCCAGGCUCAGGUCUGCGGCCACGGAAUCUCAUUCAACCCCUUCAUUCUCGUUACCCAGCAACUCCAAAGAUUCAAAGAGCAUUCCGCUGAAGAUGUGUUACGUCACACGAAGUUUGAGUGUGCCAGACCCUGAAAACAGACAAUUUGAACUGCAUUCUCCUGACUGCAAGUACACGGUGGUUCUGAGGUGUAAAGAUUCCAGCACAGCCCAAGCCUGGUUCAACACCAUUCAAUCUAAUACCAAUAAUCUGACCGGCAAGGUCAUAGCAGAGGUCAAAGAUCAACUGGGAAGAACGGGGAUAGCUGGGAAUCGAGAGAUUCGCCACAUAGGCUGGCUCGCGGAAAAGACAAUGGGAGAGAAUGAAAAGAGACAGUGGAAGCCUGUUCUGGUAGUGCUGACCGAAAAGGACAUGGUGAUUUAUCCCAGCAUGCCUCGCAUGAAGGAAUCCUGGUCCAGUCCUGCUCACACUUACCCUUUGCUUGCUACCAGAUUGGUUCAUUCUGGUGUGGGGAGAGAUUCACCACAACCAGGUGGGGAGCUGUCUUUUGCCACUCGCACUGGAACACGCCAAGGCAUCGAGACUCAUCUCUUCCGUGUCGAGACCAACUCCAGUUUGUCCAACUGGACCAGGCAAAUUGUACAGGGCUGCCACAAUGCAGCCGAACUAACUAAAGAAGUCACAAUCACAUGUACAUACAGGACCCAGGAGUGCCUUCUGACCAUUCAUUAUACAAACGGAUUUUCUAUCUUGAAAGACGGACAAGAAGGAAGUAUGCCAAAGCUGAUUUGGCAAUAUCCCUUCGAGAAAUUAAGAAACUCCUCAGAUGACGGGGUGAGAAUGCUCUUUCUAGACUUUGGCGGAAGAGAUGGGGAAAUUCAGUUGGAUCUUCACUCGUGCCCGAAACCUAUCGUUUUUGUCAUUCAUUCGUUCCUUUCAGCAAAGAUUGCGCGACUUGGCUUGCUAGCCUGAAAUGGAAACACUUGCAGGGCGAAGGAACUCUCCUUGGAAAGAUCUUACACAACUGCUACGAGUCAGCCUGAGGGGGUGGUGGGAGAGUCUCUGUAAAGGCAGGAGUAUUUAAUCUUUAAUAAAAUCAGACAAAUAGUUUAUUUAAUGGAAUAGAGAAAGUUGUAACAAUCUGAAGCAAACGUAAAAGGCAUCUCGUUGCUUUUAUAACAAGAAACUUUGUACAAAUUUAGACUUUCAUAGCACCAUUGAAAACAAUCAUUGGCAGCAGAAAAAUAUUAGUAUCUUUUCCACAAAAUCAAAGGUUUUUUUAAAAAAAGGUUUGCAGCUAUAUUGUUAAUUCUGUUUUGCCCAUUAUAUAAUUGAAAAUAUCUAUCAGUGAAUCUUUCAUAUAAUUCAAAGUUUCAAUAAGCAAUCGAUUAGAUUUUAUAAAUAUAUGAAAUGAAAGCAAAGUUUAAUUCAUAUAGUUUCUUGUGAGAGAAAUUGAAGCUUCUUUAUUAUGUUAAACUCAAUCAAACAGUUGAGGUAAACGUUACACUUCAUUGGCUUUGCUCAAUUGUAAAGUUCUAAUAUGGUCUUGUGUUGGAUGAAUCUUGAUUUGUGUUAAGUGCUUUUGUCAUGUAAAACUAAUUUGGAACUGUUAACGUUUUCAUGAACAAUAAGUCAAUAUUUAACUUUCAGCCAACACCACUAAAAACAAAUUGUCAUUGUUGAGGGUGCUUCUGUGCACAAAUCAGCUGUUCCAUUGCCAACAUCACAACUAUGCUGUUAAUUCAUAGGUGUACCUCUGAUUGAAAAUCAGAGAUUCUGAGGCUGUGAAAGUAAUGUUAGUGAACACAAGUCUUUCUUUUCAUUAGUUUGACCAUGUUCCAAAUUAUUGAGUUGUUGAGUUCUUCCUGGCAAAAUGACUGGUUAAUAAGUUUAAACAAAUUGGGCCUAGAAUUUGGCAGGGGCAGGUGAAUCGUCAAUUUUAGCUGUUUCCACUGAGGUAGGGUUUUUGUCCAUUUUGUACCCCCAUGUUCAAGUUUCCUUUCCAUUGAUAUUAACCAAUCCCAGCUAGGCAGGAAAAUCUUUAUUUACGAAGUGAUCCAUUUGAACUUAUAGGUUUACGUCCAGGUUGCUUUGGGAACAACCAAUAAUAAUUCAGAAUGUUUCCCUUUAGUUGUAAAGGGUACCUUCUGAUGAUCCUGGAUCAGUGGGGCUGGAAGAGCACAGCAAUUCAGGCAGCAUCUUCUGAUGAUCGCUAUGUCCAGUUGCUAUAUUUGUGAUAGAAAAAAAAUGCAUGUGCUUGUGCAGGAGGGAAAGAAAUGACAGCACACAAGUAGGUAACAGAAGGUAGGAAGGUGGUACCUUGCCUCUAUCUUUAUUUAUAGCGAUGCUCAACAAUUUUUACACUCAAAGGAACAAUUCCAACUGAUCUGAUUUUUCAUUGAAAAGCUGGUUUUUUUUAUACAACUGGGGCCAUUGUUAUCCUCAGCAGAUUGAAUUAUUAAUAAUUUAAUUUUAUAGGAAGGUUAAUAUGUUCCCUCCUCCCCCACCUCUCCAAAAAUGAUUAUUGGUCUGGACUUAAAUACUUAGUCAGAUGUAUAAGUUCUCUUGGCUACUAUUGUUUAAACUAGAAUUAGUUUCAACCAUCAUCGGUAGAAUAAAUUUCUAACAUUUUAGCUGAGAUUAGUUGCUCUUGACAGCAAUGUGCAAAACUACCGUUAAACCAUAUUUUGGGUUAUUCAGAGAAGAAGGAAAAUGUAAUGCAAUUCAACAUUUUAAAUUAUAUUUAAUAACAAUUCAAAUUGUUAAUAACUGCCUAUUAUUGUACAGCAUCUUAACAUGGAAUUUAUAGACCGGAUCUUAAAGCUGGGUAGUCUAAAAUAAAUGUAUAUUAAGAUAUUUUAAUGAUUAA